AUGGACAAAGGCGCGUCCACAUUAAGACGUUUGUGUUAUUGCACGCUGCGCGUGCACAUCGAGCGCGACGACGCCGCGCCCGACGCGCCCGACGCGCCGCGCGCCGACUACCCAGGCCUGGACCCGGCGCCCGUGGGCAGCUACCCCGAGGAGCUGCUGGCGGUCGCUCCCGGGGGCUUGCCCUCGUGGGACGACGUCAGGGUGCGGUACGAUUACUACAAAAAGAGGGGAUACCUGAGAGGUCUCACGCUCGGUGAUUACGUGAAGUGGGAGGAGUGGUGGUACAAGUACCAGGAGUGGCUGAAGAGAGAGCGCGCCUACGAGCGCUGGGCCGAGGGCGAGGGGGGCACGAGCCGCCGCGAGCGUCGCCGGCGCGGCGGGCGCCACCGGCGCAGCUGAGGGCGCGCCGCCCCCGCCGCCGUGCUCUGCGUAGACCUGGCCGCGGGGGCCGCGCACCGCUAGUGCGCGACCCGCCACCCCCGAAGCACCGCCGACCGUCUCGUCGCCGCCGUACGACACCAUCGGUGCGCGUGAAUGUUCAUUUCGGAAGUGCCGACGAAUGAACGACAGUCGCUCGGUGAAGUGAUAUAGUGUUUCGGGUGUGAACUGACUUUUAAAAGUGAGUCUAUAUGUAUAAAAACUUGUAAAACUCGUAUUGGUAGGUGAUUUCAAACGAUUGUAUCUUUACAUUUAUUUUAAUUAUAAAAUGUCUAUUUACUGAAUUGUAUAUGU